UGCUACAAUCCUACAAUCCUCUCUCUCUAAUGGCGUUUCAAAACCUUCUCUUCUUCUUCUUCUUCUUCUUCUCUAUAUUCCUCCUUCAACUACAACCGUCCAUCGGCAAACCAACCGUCAAAGCCGCCUACUGGUUUCCAGCCAGCGAAUUGCCAAUAUCCGACAUAAACUCCACUCUAUUCACGCACCUCUUCUGCGCAUUCGCCGCUCUCGAUUCUCAUUCCAAACAAGUCACGAUCCCACCCUCCGAUCAGCCUGCAUUCGCCGCCUUCACCACAACCGUCCAAAAAAAGAAUCCGUUUAUCCAGACCCUCCUAUCGAUCGGAGGAGGAAACUCUAACUCGUCUAUUUUUAUUGCCAUGGUGAGCCAGCCAAAAACACGGAAGAACUUCAUCGACUCAUCUAUCAGGCAUGCUCGAGCCAAUGGCUUCUUUGGCCUCGACCUGGACUGGGAUUGGGAGUACCCGAAAACUACCCAAGAGAUGGCGAAUUUGGGCAUUUUCUUCAACGAGUGGCGAGCCGCGGUGGUGUCUGAGUCUCGGUCAUCAGGUCGACCGCAGCUGCUUCUGACAGCUGCCGUCUAUUUCUCUGCGACUCGUGACUCACUGAGUUACCCAAUCCAGUCGAUUCGGAGGAACUUGGACUGGGUUAAUGUCAUGGCAUAUGACUUCCUUGCACCCAACUGGUCGCGUGACUCGACGGGUGCACCAGCUGCACUCUACAAUCCGUCGAGCCAUAUCAGUGUCAGUGAUGGGAUUAAUGUCUGGAUCGGGGCUGGACUUUCUGCUAGGAAGAUUGUGGUAGGUUUGCCAUUUUAUGGAUAUGCAUGGAAGCUGGUUGACCCAAACCAACAUGGUGUGGGUGCACCUGCGAGCGGGCAGUCUACCGAACAAGGCGUUGCGAGUGGUGGAUCGAUAAGUUAUAGGCAAAUCAAGGAGUUCAUUGGAAAGACUGGUGCUGCUUGGGAGUAUGAUCCGACGUUCGUAACGGAGUAUUGUUAUUCUGGGUCUACUUGGAUGGGGUUUGAUGGUGCAAGGACGGUUGCAGCUAAGGUUUCCUUUGCUAAGGAUAAAGGGCUCUUGGGGUAUUUUGGGUGGUCUGUGAGUGCGGACAAUGACUGGGAGCUUUCACAAACAGCUUCACAGACAUGGAAUUCAUAAGAUAUCAUCAAUCAACGGUAGGAAAUGUUUGACAGAAUAAAGGAAGGGCCUGAUGAAGGCUUCAGUGAAGAGGACAAAAAAGAA